AUGGCCUCUGGCGAUGCCGGGGAAAGGAUCAGACCUACCCCUCCUCCGCCAUCUCCUCUCACCCACCUCUCCUUCAGCUCCGACGGGUCCUGCAUCGUCAUCGCCGGCCCCUCGGCUGCCCAGUGGAUCUGCUGCGACACCUUCCAGCUACGGGGCCUCUACCAGGAGAAAACCCCCACGAGGACCAUCGUCUCCGCCGCCGGCGACAUGCUCGCCCGGAACGAGUCGACCUGCGCCAUCGUUUGCUACUCUACCACCAACACCAGCUCCUUCGCGAGGCGCUGGAAGCCGGGCUUCCUGAACUACCACUGGCAGUACGACGAGAAGCAGAUGCAGACCGGCGGCGACGUGCGCGCCGUGCGCGUCCACCGCGACUGGACCGCCGUGGUCUAUGACAGGCGGCUGUGCGUGUUCGGUCCGGGGCAGAUUGGCGCGGCUCCAGGACGGGACAAGAAUCACGGGAUGAUGCGCGCCGUCGAUACGGUGGACAAUCCGCACGGCAUCUGCGCCGUGACGUCGUCGGGGCCGACAGAGCCCGGCGGCGGCGCGCCGUUCGCGUUCGCGUGCCCUGGUGCUGAGCUCGGUGAGCUGCGCGUGGAGAGGUGGGUGGCGGGGGAGUUCGUGCCCCUGGUCAUACGCGCCGCCCAUGCCUCGCGCAUCAAUGCGGUGGCCAUGUCGCCGGACGGGAGGCUCGUCGCCACGGCUAGCGUCAGGGGAACCAUCGUGCGCGUGUUUCGCACCACUGACGGUAGGCUGAUCGGAGAGCUCAGGAGAGGCACGGACAGAGCAGACAUCCACUGCAUCGUCUUCUCCCCGGACUCCAAAUGGCUCGCCGUGUCCAGCGACAAGGCAACGGUGCACGUCUUCAGGGUCGCCGACUCAGCAGACCUGGCCAGCUCUACUACGCCACAAUCUGGGGCUGAACAAAAACUGAAUGCACCAGAGGAAGGCGGCCAAGCUGCUCCAGCGGCGGCACCGCCGGCGGAAUCUCUGCCUGCGUCGGCAUCUCUCCCCGGCGCAAAAGCUAGCAAGGGUUCAUCACUAUCAUUCUUGAAAGGUACAUGA